AUGGCGCCACACCCUGGACCGCACGCGGCUGUCGCCUCGUCGUCGUCGUCUUCGUCCCUGUCGACCUUCCCUCGGCUCACGGCAGCUCAGCGACGACGCAUCGAGGACACGCUUGCCCACCUCGAGCCACACGCCACCACCUGGGCGGACCUCACCCGCGCUCAACACCGCCUCGCUCAACAAGACCCCAACCGCCGCGGCGGCGACGACGACGACGACGACGGCCUGUACGAGCUGUGGCUCAAGCUAGUGUGGCAGCAGGGCGUCACCUGGCACGACAAGUGGGCCGCAGCUCAACACCCACACGCCUCGCCCUCGCCAGCCGCACCCGCGACGCGCAACCACCGCCGACGCCCGAGCGACAACCUCGACCUCCUGCGCCGCAAGCUCGACCGCGUCUCGCUCGACCCGCCCGAGCCUCGCCGUCCUCCCGACCGGGCCCAGUCGACCCCGCCACGCCCGCUCCUCGUCCACCGCACCGCGCCCGCCCCUCCAGGAGGCUACUCGUCGUCCGACGACCAGUACGCCGGCGUGCCCGCACGGCGCCCUCGCCGCACCUCGCUCCUCGACGCUCGCCUCCUCGAAGCCCGCACCCAGCGGCACCCUCCUCCUCGAGGCGACCCCGCCACCACCGACGACGCCGACGAGGCGCAGCGUGCGCGACCCGCUCUGCGCACCCGCUCGUCGUUCGUGCGCCCUCGUCCCCCGCCGGUCGACGACGGCGACGACGCGUUGCUCGGUGCAUCGCCCGUGCACGGUCCGUUGCACUCGACGCCGGCCCCGCGACGGCGCUCGUACACCUCGACCCCUCGCGCCGCCGCACCAUCCGUCCUCCCGACCUCGCCUCCUCCGCCGGCGCCCCUCUCCCCGUCCCGCCACCCUCUCCUACACGCUCGACUCUCGGCCCUCUCGCACCCUCGAGACGCUGUCGACGCACCUCCCCCUCCUCCCGCACCGGCCCCAUCCUCACCCGACCUCGGCGCGCUCGCCCUCUCCUUCUCGCGCCUGCGCCUCCUCCUCCCGACUUUCGCGCACUGGUCCGCCCUUGCCGCCUUUCACGCCUCGCGCACCGCCACCCUCGCCGAGCGCCGCGCCGCGUGGCUCGCGCGCUGCGCCCUGCGCACCUGGCGUGCGCGCGUCGAGCGUACGAGGGAGCUCGAGCGGCGAGGCGAGGCGGUCGCGCGCGAGCGAGAGCGCACGAGGGACGAGCGCGUGCGACGGGCGGCGCUCGAGGCGUGGAGGGCGCGCAGGGCCGAGCGCGAGCUCGAGAGGGACGACGAGCGCAGGAGGGCCGAGCGCGACGAGCGCGAACGCGCGCUGCGUCGGGCGAGGGACGGCGCCGCCCGCGUCGUCGAGCGCGGCAGGGCGUCGAGGGCGCUCGCUGUGUGGCAAGGACGAGCGCGAGAGGCGAGGGCCGAGCGGUUUAGGGUCGGCGCGCUCGGGCGUGCGGCGGUCCGGGUGUGGGUCGAUGCGGCAGAGCGGCGGCGAGCGCGGAACGGGGCUCUCGGCGAGGUGGCGAGCGAGCAGUGGGCUGCGUCGGAGGCGCGCAGGGCGCGAGGGGCGUGGGCCGGGUGGCUGAGGAAGACGGCGUUCCGCGUGCGCGAGCACGAGCUCGUGCGGCGGCGCGAGGGCGACCUCAAGCGCGACGUGUGGGACACGUGGGCCGACAAAAAACGUCAAGCCGACCACGACGCGCGCUUGUCCUCCAUCGCCUCGACCCACCAUGCCCGCCACCUCGCCUCGCUCGCCCUCGCCCAGUGGCGCACCCGCCUGUCGCACCUCACGCGCCUCUCGCGCGCCGCCGACGCGCGCGCUCAGGCCCUCGUCGCCCAGCGCGCCGCCUCGUCCCUCGUCACCUGGCGCCUCUCGACCCGCCUGUCACUCCUCGCCCGAGCGCGCUCGCACGCCCUCGCCGAGUCGGCCCUCGGCGCCUGGUCGGCCGCGUACGAGCACGUCGAGGUCGAGCUCGCCGGGCGCGCCGACGCCCUCGUCGCCCGCACGGGCGCCCAGCUGCGCGCCGUCACGUUCGGCGCGUGGCACGAGGCGACGCAGCAGCGGGCGCGCCUCGAGGUGGCGGCGCAGGGUGUCGACCGCGCGAGGGUCUUGCGGCGGGUCGUCGGGCGGUGGAAGGCGCGCGAGGAGGCGCAGCGCGUCCAGGCGCGCAGGGCCGACGUCGUGAGGGACUUUAUGCAGGUCAGAGGGGCUUGGAGGACGUGGUGCGAGAUGGCGUGGGACGGCAGGAGGGCGAGGUGGGAGGGCGAGAGGAGGACGGCGAGGAAGAAGGAGGCGUUCGACUUCUGGCUCUCGCAGGCGCGGCAGAAGGUGCGAGACGAGCAGCUGGUCGUUCGAGUGCAGGAGCAGCAGGCCAAACGCAUCCUCGCGACGACCCUCGAGGCGUGGAAGGCGCGCGUCAUCGUCCGCAAGUCGCUCGAGCAAGACGCAAGCACCUUCUUCGGCCGCAAGGCCGUCCUGUCGGCCUUCACGCGGUGGACUGCGCAAGCUUAUCGGGCAGAAGAUCGCCUCGUCCUCGCCGACGAGCACCGGGCCGUCAAACUCGAGGAGCUGCGAGACCGCAUCUUCCACGCCUGGCUCCUCUCGACUCGGCGCUCGUCGACUUUGCGACACCGGCUCUCGGGCCUCCUCGCCGCGCGCGACCAGCGCCUCAAGGUCGUCGCGUACGACGCCUGGCGGGACAAGGCGCUCGAGGGGCGGGAGCGUGCGACGGUGGUACGCAGGGAGGCGAGGGAGCGAGCGCAGGCGUUGGAGCACUGGAAGGGCAGGACCAAGACCCUCAUCGCUAUCCAGCACCACAACUACGUCCUGGCGGCCGCGACGCUCGCCGGCUGGCGCAAAUGGACGAUGCCGGCCGACCUCGUCCUGCGCGCCGUCGAGACGGACCAUGGCGCGAUCACGAGUGGCGCUCUGCAGGUCUGGCGGAUCAAGACGGGCGCAAAAAGGGCGCUCAAGUCGCUCAGCGGCCGUAUGCGCCUCGCCAACUCGCCUGGGUCCUCACCGCCGUCGCGCCUCUCGCCGUCCAACCGCCCGCCUCACUCGGCCACGACGUCGCCCGCUCCUGCCCCGGCCGCGCUCGCUCUUACCGCCUUGCCGCCCAACAGCGCACCUUCCGCCUCCAUCGACGCCUCCUUCGCGUCACUCUCGGCGUCCACCACGCCGACGACCCAUCGCCCGUCGCCCUCACCAAGCCUGCGCCGCCUUUCCUCCGCCCGGGCGCCCUCGGCUGCCGCACCAGCACCGUCGUCACGACCCCGCCUCGCCGCCGAGUACGGCUCCUCGUCCGGGCUCGUCGCGCGGGCCGAGCCGAAGCCGCGCACGGCGAGGUCGCACUCGAUCGUGAGCCGGCUCAGCGGCAGGUCGGCGCGGUCGCUCCCUGGACCUGGCGGCGGGCGAAGCGCCGACCAUGUCUUCUCGUCCUCAGAUGAGGAGGACGACGGAGGAAGCGAGGACGGCCGCUGGCGCCGGCGAGGAGCGCGCGAGACGGGGACGCGCAGCGAGGGAGGAGGGGUUGGCGAGCGGGAAGGAGGGCAGCGCGACGUGAGAGGCGAGUACGCGGCGCUCAGGGCGCGGUUGAGGGCAGCGGCGGUGGCCGCCAAGGGGAGAUAG